UUUCAUCCUCCAGUAGUUUCCCAAGCUUACUUGGCUCGCCUGAAAACUGCUCGUCCUAAGCCUCCUCUUCACCUCUUCUCUCUCCACCCCUCACAUACGUUAACAGAAGAGCCUCAUAUAAACCACGAAACCUAAACUAACCCUUUCAGAUGUUCACAUACUCGCUGUUCCCUGAAACUCUCAUCUCUCCAUCUUUGAGUUCUUAAAACACUCAUGCAUACAUAGAUUCUGUACUCUCCCACAGUCCCACAGCUGAAGAACCCUGACAGCUUCUUCUUUGUCUUCUUCUAUGUCCUCAGAAUCGUCGGUAACUCUUCUUUUUCUCUGUUAAAAUCAAGAAAACAAACACAAAAACAAUAAUAUAUAGUGAUUGAUGGCAUACCACAACCACCUUGCCGGAGACUUACCUCUUCACCACUUCACAGACCAAGCCCAACAGCAGCAGCAACGCAAUCAGUCUUUCAUGACCGACCAACCCGACCCGAAUUCAAAGUCCACGGAGCCCCACAACCCUUAUCAAACCGCUCCCAAUUGGCUCAACAGCGCCCUCCUCCGCACCCAGUACGCCACAACCACCUCCGGCGCUGACACCAGCAACGGCGGAGGAGGAGGUACUAAUUUCCUUAACCUCCACACAGCCUCCGACUCCACCACCGCCUCCCAGGCCUCCAACCAAUGGCUAUCACGCCCCAUGCUCCAGCGCAACCACAGCGACGUCAUCGAUGACGUAGCUGCCGGAGACUCUAUGAUCGCUGGCGCCAUGUCUCACGAUGCGGCCGACAUGAAAAACGACGCCGGCCUGAAUAACAAGACCGAGGGCAGCGGAGGAGGGGAUGGCGUCAUCAACUGGCAGAAUGCGAGGCACAAGGCCGAGAUACUAGCUCACCCGCUUUACGAGCCGCUGCUCUCGGCACACGUGGCUUGCCUGAGGAUCGCCACGCCGGUGGACCAGCUCCCGAGGAUCGACGCCCAGCUGGCUCAGUCGCAGAAUGUGGUGGCUAAAUACUCGGGUUUGGGUCACGGCAUGGUCGGAGAUGACAAGGAGCUAGAUCAGUUCAUGAGGCAUUAUGUUUUGUUGCUAUGUUCUUUUAAAGAGCAACUGCAGCAACACGUCCGCGUCCAUGCAAUGGAAGCAGUGAUGGCUUGCUGGGAGAUAGAGCAAUCACUGCAGAGCCUGACAGGAGUUUCCCCCGGGGAGGGCACAGGUGCUACAAUGUCCGAUGAUGACGAAGAGCAAGUAGAUAGCGAUGCAAACUUAUUUGAUGGAAAUAUGGACGGCCAUGACAGUAUGGGAUUUGGCCCUCUCAUCCCAACAGAGAGCGAAAGGUCCUUGAUGGAGCGCGUAAGGCAGGAGUUGAAGCAUGAACUGAAACAGGGUUACAAGGAGAAAAUUGUAGACAUAAGGGAGGAGAUAUUGCGGAAGAGAAGAGCCGGAAAGCUUCCCGGUGACACCACCUCUGUCCUGAAAGCUUGGUGGCAAUCACAUUCCAAGUGGCCAUAUCCAACUGAGGAAGACAAGGCUAGAUUGGUGCAAGAAACUGGAUUGCAAUUGAAGCAGAUUAAUAAUUGGUUCAUCAAUCAAAGGAAGAGGAACUGGCACAGCAAUCCUUCAACCUCCACAGUUUUGAAGAGCAAGCGCAAAAGCAAUGCAGGUGAAAACAGCGGUGAUCGAUUCAUAUAAUGUGGGGCAGAUAGUGAGAGCCUGUAAGUGCAGCUUAGUUCAUGCUAUUACUACAAGGAUAACUCCGACAUUGAAAAAAUAGCUUUAGGACUGUUGGAACAAGAAGACUAGGAUUCAUGUCAUCAUGUGAAAGGAAUUAUCAUACUUGGUUUUGACAGAAAGAAGAAUUGCAAAUAGGAUUAUGAGCAAUCGAUAUACAGGUAUGCUCAGGUGCUGCAUUUGGCGAGAUGCAUGUAAUAUCAUAUUACUAGGACAGCAAUUAGGAACUCUGCUACUUAAAAACAGAAUUGGAUAGUCCGAUAGACGGCUUAUAGUUCUUUGUUUAUAAUCUUCAUUGUAUGUGAAUAAGGAGAGGGGUAUUUUGUGGGUGUAGUGGUGUACAGUGUAAUGGCCUGCGCAGUGAUUCUUGCAUCACACUAGUGAUAAUUGCGUCUCAGGCAUUUUGUUGUAGAGCUAAAUUACAGUUGUAGUAAAUAAGGUAAAAACAUAGAACGGAGAUGCUGCUUCGAUUUCCCA